AUUCUGGAUUCGGUCGCAACAUUUUUAAAAAGUAGUUUUGUCAACAUCGCAUGGGGAGUUGGUUGUGCCGGUUUAUUCUUGUGUGUAUUAUCUAGUUUUGUUCGAAAUUUUUAAUUAUAAGUGUGUGCAUCGUUAUCAUUUAAAUAUAAAAUGGAUAACAACUGUCAUUUCCAUAAUAUUUAAAUAGUAAUUUCACGGGUAUUAAGAGUCAUUAAAAUAUUAUUUCUGUGAUUUUGUUAGAUUAACAUUCUAAAAUGACUCUAACUAUGACAAAAAAACUUAGCGAAUGCCAAGCAGAAACAGUGCAAUUUAUGCCCAUAGAAAAAGUAGAAGAUGAAUGCAGAACAGAAGGCUACUGUCAAUCCAGUGGUCUUCUGCGAAGAGGGAAGAAGUUGGAAGACAACAAUAACUUGACCAAAGAAGAGGAGGAGUAUAUCAAUUACCGACAACUCCUCAAGUAUGAACAAGCACCGGAAUACAUUAAACACAAUCAAUACAUUAGAGAUGGAUAUAGAAAAUUGUUGCCCACAAAACUGUGUUGGGAAAGCAUAUUCUGGUGGACGAAUGAGACUAUGAACAUAUGGACACACAUAUUCGGUUUCUUCUUGCUAUUGUUCCUGACCAUCAAUGACUUGGUGAUUAUAAACAUCCACGCGACCGUCACAGACAAGAUCGUGGCUGGUUUACUGUUCUCUUGUUUUCUGAUUUGCAUGGCGUUGUCAGCCCUCUACCACACGUUCUCUUGCCGGUCAGAGCACGAUUACAACACGUUCCUCAUGUACGACCUCUUUGGAAUCGCGCUCUCCUUACUGGCCAUCUACACUUCCGGUGUUUAUUACGCAUUCUGGUGUCAUUCUGAACUAAAAACGUUUUACAUGACAUCGGUAACCGUAAUCUUCGUGGUGGCGAUGGUGCUGCAGAUCCCGCGGCUAGGGGUGCCGUACCUCGUCAAGAUGUGCGUGUUCAUCGGCUGGGCAGCCUACGGAGUGUUGCCUACGCUGCAUUGGACGUACACUAUGGGCGGCUUCGAAAACCCUAUGGUCCAGAUGUUCUUCCCUCGCGUGAUUGGGAUGUAUGUGAUAAGUGGCACUGCCUUCGUGAUAUACGCCUUCAAGGUACCGGAGCGUUGGUUCCCGGGCAAGAUGGACUACAUCGGCCACUCCCACCAGUGGUGGCAUGUGCUGGUAUUGGGAGCGCUCUACUACUGGCAUAACUCCGGCAUGAUGUACGUCCAGUACCGCAUGAACCAUGGUUGUGCUAACACCAUGCGGAUUUUCUAAACAUACUCUGUUAACUUUGAAGAGUUCUAACUAUAAACAUCAGGAUGUUUCAA